AUGCUGUCGGGCAAACGCCAGGUGCCAGAAGAAUGGCUGCAGGGAGCGAACCCUGUCCGACUUCUGAAAGGUGGGUAUCUGGCGCACCGAACGAUCUGCAAAACACCCUUGAAAGUUCUGUCCAAGGCUUUGGAGGAAGACAUUGCUGCAAAGCACAGGCAGUGGCUGACCUCCACGGACUGCUACACUCUCUGCCAGGUCCGCCGGGUGCGUUCUGAGGAUGGGGGCUACCCCCACUUCUACGAGUUGCGUCUGGACCAUUCGGACGAGAUUCUGAUGACGGCCCAGAGGGAAGAUGAACAAAGUCCUUGCCGAAUCUAUGCCCACAAGGCAGCCGGUCCAGAAAAGUCGGAGCACUGCCAGGAAUACAUCGGCAGUGUGGUGCCAAACUUCUGGGGGACUCUCUUCACCCUCUAUGACAGCGGGGCGGAUGUAGAGGAGCUAAUGAAGCGCGGGGAAUGGCUCCGUGGUCUACCUCUCAGGCCGCGGAAGACCAUCGUAAAAAUCGGGUACGAAACCAACGUUUUCGGAGACAGCCCAAGGAGAGUUUCAGUCGAGUACGUGCAAAACAGCGAAAGGCCAAAGAUGGAGAACUUGAAGCCACGAUGGGACAAGAAGCUGAACUCCUAUGCCUUGCCCUUCUUUGGACGGGUUAAAAAAGCGAGUGCGAAGAAUUUUCAGCUCGUUGUGAAUGCAGAUCCGAACACCAUCUAUUUGAUGUUCGGGAAGGUGUCAAAGGACGUCUUCUGCUUGGACUUCCGGGGACCAAUCGCGCCCCUGGAAGCAUUCGCGAUAGGCAGCUGCCUUGGCGAAGAAGCGAGCUGUGAGUUGUUCGCAGUCGACGUGCUCUUACUCGCAACGGCAUCAGUCGUUUGUUGUGGACAAGACGCCCAACAGCGAAUUGCAGGUGAACAGAGGCUCGACAGUCGUGGUCGUAAAGUACUUCGAGAUGUCGAUCUUGCUGACAGUGGAGGCCUUGGCCGCUGUCGUCUUCGCUGCCGUGACACCGACCUGGGGGCCGAGGACACCGCAUGCAGAAGCCGUGCCUGCCUCCAAACUGUGGCGGCUGCGCAUACAGCUGGAGGUUUGCUACCUGUCGCAAUGGUCAUCGAGAUGUUUGAGGAACAUGCCAGCAAGACGUCUUCGUUCAGCUGGACGUCCAUGACCUUGCCGAUUGCCAGCUUCAGCAUCCUGCCCUCCCUCGGAGUGCUCCUGGCCAAGGCAGCCAGCAGCGAUAACUGCGGGCCAGCUCGACGGCUGGUUGGUGCAGCUUUCGUGGUUUCCCUCUUCGUGACCAUGCUUCUGCCGACGGUUGGGUCUCCUAGUGACGAUGCCACGCUGGUGCGGAAUUCAUUGAUGCUAUGUGCAGUAGCGCUGGGCCUUUCUGGUGCAGCCGUACAGUUGGUGCUGCUGUUCUGUUGCACGGAGGUGGUUGUGAGUUCCGCUCGACUUUGCCAUGUGUUGGCGGUUGCUGCCCUCAUCCGGAGCUUUGGCGAGUUUCUGGGCUUGAUUGUCGCCUCCGAACCUUGGGGCCACGACGGCUACUUCACAGCCUUCGUGUCAGAAAGCUGUCCAACGGGCCCGUGCUUGACACUGCGAGUGAGCAUGUCACUAGCUGUUCCAUUCUUGCUCGUGGGCCUGUGUCUGUCUUUGCGACUUCGAGGGGAAAAGAGGCGCUGGCGCCUGAAACGCGGCAAGACUCCCAAGGACAGCUCGCAACAGCCAGAUGCUUCGCCACAUGAGUCGGAGUCGAAGGCUCAGAACGAUAAUCCAGUGGCAGACCUCCUGCAGGACCCGGGCGCUGUGGCUGCACUCCUCACGCUGCUUCUGUGUGGCGUGGCCAGCGAAGCCUCGUCCCAGCAGCAGGAGAUCUUCCAAGCUUCAGCAGGGGUGCCUCAUCGUGGCCUGGCCGCUGCGCGGCUGGCUGGGUCCCUGCUUGCGGCGUUGACUGUCUGUCGCCUUGUGCGCUGCCUCGGUGCCUUCGGGACUUGGCUGAUGGGGGCCAUGCUCCAGUCGGCGCUUCUACUGGUCUCGGCCGGGAUGCAGGAUGCAGGCAGGGCAUCGAAGCUCGCGUGGAUCAGCGCUGGGGGAUACAUUCCCAUCUUGCUCCACAUCGUGCCCUACGUGGUUGUUCUGCGUCGAUCGCGACUGCGGGGUUCUUCUGGAGCGCUUGCUUUGGCUUUGGUGGGUGCUGUGGCAGAGGCAGCGCGAAUUCUUUGGCGAGGGCCAGGCCAUCAGCUGCAGCUGCUUUUGGGCGCCGAGCCUGUAAUUCUGGGCAUUGGUGGAGCGGCAGGUGUUUGGGCUGCCGUCCUGUGCAGCCAAGCCAUCGCUUGCGAUCGUGAUGGAGCAUCUCGCGUCGUCGACUGUGCUUCCUCCCCAUCGGCCUAG